AUUUUUACAACUACAGGAAGCAUCAUCAUGUCGACGGAAGAAGAAAAGGUGGUUGUGCCCGCUGAAGAAGAAAACGACAACGAAGAAGGCGGCGUGGAAACCGGCGCCUCGGAAGAACCGCAAGCAUACUUCGAGCCCGUGGUCAAGCUCAACGAAGUCGAAGUCGUGUCCGGCGAAGAAGACGAGGACGUGCUGUUCACGAUCCGCGCCAAGUUGUUCGACUACAAGGAAACUCUGUUGAACAAGGGCACGGGUGCCAAGUCGUGGUGCGAACGUGGUGUCGGUAACGUGCGCUUCUUGAAGCACAAGGAAGCCGGCAAGGUCCGCCUCUUGAUGCGCCAAGAAAAGACCUUGAAGAUCCUGAUCAACCACUUGGUCGAAUCCCGCGCGACGUUGACCGCCAACAUGGGCAGCGACCGUGCGUGGGUGUGGACGUGCUAUGACUUUUCCGAAGGCGUUGUCGAACCCAAGACGUUUGCCCUUCGAUUUGCCAAUGCUGAAAACGCCCAAGCGUUCAAGGACGCGCACGAAGACGCGAAGAAGUCCAACAAGGCUUUGGAAGCUGGUGCCGAUGCCGCGGACACGACUGCCGGUGACGAAGCCGCCAAGGCUUUGGAAGGAUUGGCUGUGAAGAAGGAUUAAGCAGUCUCAUGUCAAACGGUGGCGACGAGUCGACGCAGCGAAUGGAUCUGUCCGUCUCCAGCCUGAACCCUAACCGGUCUAAUUUUAUAUUUCAAAACCUUCUUGUCAA